UUCUCUUACCCUUGCCCGUCGCCCCCUCUGCUCGUUGCCCCUCACCAGCACCCACACGAACACGACACGCAGCACGACCAUCUCUGAAACAACCGCACAUAUUUUCGAAGUCUACACGGCUAGGAGCUCCGCUUGACGAGAGCGAGGCAGCAUCGACGGGAACCACAUGUCUUCUCAAAACCGCUCCAAAAUGGGCCAGGCCUUCGCCAAGAUGACCACAGCUUGUCCUCAGCAGAUUGCUGGGUACGGGACUUGUUUACAAGCCGCGUCUACGGCGGGCAUGCUAGAGCGAGGGGUCUGCGACGAGCAGUUCAAAGCGCUCAAGCGGUGUUUCCAGCAGGCGGCAAAGGGCUUGAAGGCCACUCGAUGAGAACGGGAGCCUGAGUGGGAUUUUGACGUGUGUCGCUGUUGUUGCUCCUUUGCGGUGAACUAGCAGAAGAAAAGCGGUCUGCCAAUAUUAAGCCGGGACGCUCGAUGUUGCCACUAGCCAUCAAGAGGCAACAGCAGUAGCAACAUCUGGUUUCGGUUGCACAGGUGUUGGUAACACGCUUGGCUGGGACCUGAGGAAGUGCCUACAACAAGGGAAUCAUGUUGGAUUUCCCGUACAUAGUGCUCUUCGUUUCUUUCUUACCUAUUGGUGUAGGGUUUUCCUACUCGGGCCACAAGCGCAGGUCCGUUGGAUGCCUUUGCCGUGAUUGCUUCUACGGGGAUUUAAUGUUUGUUGCGGGAAGUCGGGCUGUGAUGCGCACACACAUGACGUCUACGUUUGGUGCUGUUGACUGAGUUCAUCGCAGCGGGCAACUGCGGGAGCAGGCACAUGAGAGUAGAGAAAAAGCUGGUAUAUUCGACGACACUGUAUCAAACCUGGUUGGUAUCUAGUGCUCGAAACGCUUCGGUGCCGCGCACGCUGUUCGGUAUGUAUCUUCGGCGUCUGCCCUAUGCUCACCCCAUGCACCUUGGAGUACGGCUUGUUUGAUAUUCACACCGAUGCCAGUUUGACAGUCCUUCGUUUCUGUGUUUUGGCGAUUUUUGCUGGCAAGUCGGCUUGACCUAUGCAAAACUCGAGCAGCGCUCUGUUUCUGGUCACACACCUCGUCAGAGGAC